UUAUUUGCUGCUGGCAGUUCCUGAUGCUGAUUGACAUCUCAUUUAAAGAAGCGUUAGAAUUUUGCCGGCAACGCUGCUCAAGCUAUUUUCAAAUCGAAGACGAGCCGAAGACAAGAGCAUGGUUUCAAGAUGUAUCAAGGGAUGACACAGAGACCUCUGGCUCUGAGCGAGACAGUGAGCCAGAGCUGACAGAAGAUGUCAUCGAGCCCCUUCCAGUUGCAUCAAGCACCAGAUUUGCUGUUCCAAAAGGACCCAGUGACAUCUCAAGAUCUAGAGAAGAGGGUCCUGUACAGCCAUGUUUGACAACAUUUCCCAGAACUCAGCACGGCACUAGAAAGAGGGCUUUCAACAGCUCCUGGUAUAAGGACAAUUCAUGGCUUGAAUAUUCUAAGCUUUAUAACUUUGUAUCAGGCUCGUACGUUCAUCUCAAGUGGCUUGCAGUUCAGAAAGACCUAUAUCCACAGCAGCAGCCCAGGGAAUUACAGAGACUUACAGAUUUAUAUGAGUCAGAUUUAGAGGACCUCAAACAUGAAGUGCAUCAGACCAAGCGACUUCUUGAGAGGAGAGAGAAAAGUGGAGGGUUUGAGUUAGUUGUUCAGGUGGGCCGUGUGCUACCGUCCUUGUUGCGGGCAGCAUGA